CUCCCUGUGAUAUUACACAGUCUCCACAGUUGACUACAAUGGAAGCAUUUACAUAGUAUCAAACCCACUCCCACGAGCAGAAUACUCGUCGUAGUUGUGGUAAAGAAGCCAACUUUAGACUUCCUUUUUUGGCUUUUCAACUGAUACUUUCUUUGCCCUCCAAGUUCUGCUUGUAUCAGGAUGGUUUUAAAUGAUCAAGUAUUUGUAGCAUGGGAAGAACGAAUUAUCUCCCAGGAGAAGGGAAACAGGGUUGUGCACUAUUAUUUAGAACAAUCCUCUGAGGAUACAGUUCUUGCUGUGGUGGGGACUGAGAGGAGUAUUAGGCAUAUGACCUACGUCGUGUCCAAGGGAUUUGUGGAUGCUUAUGGGUUCACUGGAAUUGUCACUGCUGGAACAAAAUGGAGAGCAAGACGGGAUGUUGUGGAAUGGCUUACAAAGCUGGUCUCAGGGUUUCGCCUCCCUGUAAUUGUCUCAAAGCAUCAGAUGAUUGAAUCGAGGCUGCGUCUGAGGUCACCUGGAUACCCAAUGGCUGGUCUUCAUAAUCUGACUAAUUCGAUGGAUCAGGUCCAGGUUUCUGGAAAAUUUAGAGUUCAAGAUUCAGAUAUCAUGUGGUCUGGUGAAGCUUGGAAUUGUUCUAAGGAGCUCAAACACUAUCAAGCGUUAUGCAGGAAAAAAACAACAAUAGCGGUUUAUUCCUUUGUGCUCAUUAUGGCUGAAGAAGGAAACCACUACCUUGGUUACUUGGAAGAUUUGUAUGAGGAUAAGAAGGGAGAGAAAAUGGCUCAAGUGCGAUGGUUUCGGCACAAUCAGGAAGUCAAGCAAGUAAUUCCUGAGUUAAAUGCACAUCCGGAAGAAAUAUUCAUCACUCCUUAUGUUCGGAGGAUUACUGCAAAGUGUAUAGAUCAAGUUGUCACAGUGUUAACUCCAAAUCACUUCGAGAAGUGUUUGGCUCUUUUCCCUGAAAAGUUGUCAUCAAGGAUCUAUGUGUGUCACAGAGAAGUCAAAAACAACAAAAUUGAGACCUUCUCACUGAGUAAUUUGCGAGGCUAUGAUAACCAAGCAAUCGUCUCCUCAUUAAAUCAUCAUCAUGAUUCAAUGAAUAAAGCCAAGGUCCAUAAACCAACCGAGGAAGAAAAUGAUUUUCACUCUGAAGACUCCACCAGGCAAGGUACUAGAAGGACAAGAAGUCGAAGGAGAAACCAUUUUGGUGUGACAAAUUUGAUCCCUGGAAAGCGGAUGGAAAGAUGUGAACCAACUCAUCGAAAAUUGAAAAUCAAAUUAUCUACUAAAGCUUCUAUUAAUCUUGUUGGGGCUGAACCCUCUCAAUUAUCUUCUGAGGAUGAUGAAAAAAAUAUAGAACUCCUCUGCCAGGAUAGUGGUAUCCGAGGUUGUUGGUUCAGGUGUAAAAUAUUGCAGACAUCAAAAAAGUCCUUAAAAGUUCAAUACUGUGACAUCCAGGAUGUUGAUGGACCUGGAAAAUUAGAGGAAUGGGUUCCUGCAUCUAGAGUGGCAACUCCUGAUGAACUGGGGAUGAGAUUUGCAGGCCGCCAUACUGUAAGGCCUUGGCCUCCUCAUAAUUCUUCUGACUAUUCUUUUGAGGUUGGAGAUGCAGUUGAUGCAUGGUGGUCAGAUGGCUGGUGGGAAGCUGUUAUAAUUGGGUUGGACAUCUCUGGAGGUGAUAAUGUUCACGUGUAUUCCCCUGGUGAAAACAAGUUCUUAACAUUGCAGAGAAAGGAUUUGCGACCUUCAAGAGAUUGGGUUGAUAACAAAUGGAUAGAAGUAAAGGCAAAACGUGAUAUACUCUCUGUCAUUCCUUCUACUGUCAGUUGCACUCUGAAGCUCUCAAUGUCAACUUCAACUGAGACAUCUACGCAUGACAGCUCCAGAUUACCAGAAGCCCAAGUUCAUGUUUUGUCCAAGCUUGAAGCAUCUGAAAGUGGUGUAAAAAGAGAGCACCAUUCAGCCUUGUCAGCUAACCAAAAAGAUUUGGACAGCCUGAAUUUGAAGAAACGGCUCUGUAACCGUCAUGCAGAUGAUUUGGUUGACAAAGGGUUUAAGGCUGGCAAUUUUAAUGCUCAUGGAAUGGUCAAGACAGUUUCAGAGGGUGUCUCUGGUAGCCAACAUAAAUUUGUAAAGAAAUAGAAGCAGCAGAAUGCAUUAGUAUAAAUCAAUAGGUUGGGAACUGCAAUAUUUUUGGUUUUUUUUUUCUUUUUAUAGGCCACUAAUAUAAGUGCUGCCAUUGACUUAUGUAAAUAUGGGGUAGCGAUGAUAUGCAGGUGCACAGGGCAAAUGUUUCAUUUUAGGAGGGUAAAAUCAACUGUGGUGCUGAAGUUACUAACUGCCUUUUGGCUGUGGUAUUAAGCUCUUUGUCCUUUGCACUCAAUUGCUUUCUGCAUAUAAACUGCAGUGAUCAUAGUCUGUAAGCUUGUACGUUGCUUUCUUCUUAGCAAGUAGCUGCCGUCUUUGACUUUA